AUGGAUUUAUGGGAGGCUUUGGAAAAUCAGGCUAUAAUAAAUCAAAGGCCAUGGUUGAUUGGUGGGGACUUUAAUGUCAUCACUUCUGAAGAGGAAAAGUAUGGUGGAUUACCAGUAACUGUGAAUGAAGUACAAGGUUUCAAUGCUUGUAUUCAUAACUGUUCUGUAGUUGACUUGGGCUUUAAAGGAGGCAAAUAUACUUGGUGGAAUGGGCAAAGUGGAAAUGACUAUAUUUUUAAAAGGUUAGACAGAUUAUUCCGUAACCAAGCUCUACAAAAUAAGUAUGCUGGACUGGAAGCUGACUUCAUGGUAAACCCAUUCAAUUUGUUUCAUCACAAGUUAAAGAAGGUGAAAAAUGCAUUGGCAAAUUGGAGCAAGAUCACCUUUGGGAACAUUUUCCUGGAGAUUGAGACUUUAGAAAAGAUAUCUUCAUUUAGAAGAGGAAUUUUAGAAGCAGAAGGCAGGGAUGAAUUGGUUUAA